AGUACUUGAACGUUGACUUUGGGGGCGACGACUCUGGCGCAUCUGAGCAUGGCCAAAGGUUCAAAAGGCAAGGCCUACAAGCCGCAACCCUUCAUCCCGAGCUCGACGAGAGUUGAAGUGCCGGUACCAGUGUCUCGACGCAAUGUCGACGUUGACGACAGUGAAGACAGCGGCGAAGAGUCUGCUUCAUCAUCGGAAGAUGUCACGGAAGAUGAGGAAGGCGACGAGCUCACACCAGCUAUGGACGCUGCUAUCCUCCAGACCUUGAAGAAGAUUCGCUCUGGUAGAGGGGUCUACGAGCAGGAGGAUGUCAUGGCUGAGGCGCUGAGAGAGGCCGAAGAAAGGGUCAAAAGUCUUGGAGGACUCGAAAAAAUGAAACGAGAGGCUAAGAGCAAGCCAGUCACUGUCACUGAGCAUCGUAGAGCUGAACUGCUAGCCGAACUGGAGAACGACGAUACCGCUGGCCAGCCGGCGACGUACGUCGAGUCUCAACGGAAAAUUCGACAAGACGCCAUCGAGGCUUUCAAAUCGCUUAACGAUGAGGGAGAUGAUGAGGACGAAUUCGACUUUACAGAGCGACCCAAGACAGACGCGGACGAGGAGAAGGAAGCGAAAGAGUACAGGCAGUUCCUUCUGGAGAUGGGGGGCGGAGAGGAUGAAGUGAGGAAGCUCUUGGGCUUGCAAGAAGACAAACCGAAUCCCGAACCUGCGCAAAGCGAGGACGAUUCGGUUGUGGAUCAAACGUUGGUGAACAAAUCUCAGGAGGAAGCGAAACGAAAGAAGACAUCUAAGAAGACAAAGCAAUCGAAGCAGGAGGCCGACGAAAACUUCUUGAUGGACUACAUUCUGAAUCGAGGCUGGAUCGACCGCUCAGAUCGACAUGUACCCACUUACGAUGAGGUUGUGGCGAAUGCCGAAGCAGACUUGCAUGACGACGCCGCGGAAGACGAGCCUCGAAAUGCUGAAGCUGGACCCUCUCAGCCGUGGGGUGUGCUGGAGGAAGAUGAGUUUGACGAUAAGGCGGAAGAGUUUGAAAGCGCCUACAAUUUUCGAUACGAGGAACCUGGUGCCGAGACCAUCCAUACACAUCCUCGAAACAUCGAUACCCUUGUUCGACGGACCGACGACAGUCGCAAGCUGAAACGUGCCGCUAGAGAGGAGAGGAAGGAAGCUGAGAGGGCGGCCGCGGAGGAGAAAACGCGGCGAAAGAAAGGUGAAAAGAGGCGAGAGAUGGAGACUCAGCUGGGGGAGCUCAAAAAGGAGCUUGGAGGCCGUGUUAACUGGGAAGAAGUGGAGAGGGUCUUGGAGGGAGAUUUUGACGAGGACGAGUGGGAGAGAGUUAUUGGAAAUAUGCUCGCGGAGGCUGAGGAUGAGGACGACGUCAAGCCUGCUUGGGACGACGAUGACGAUAUGGAGUACGCAGAGAACGAUUUGCCAGACGAUGGUUCAGAUGCAGGAAUGAACGAUGGCAAUGGCGAUGACGAGAUGGAGGAUGGUCCCAUCAAUAUGGAUGCCGAUUUCAUCGACAUCGAACCAGUCAAGAAGAAGAAGAAAGGCAAGGACAAGGCAAAACAGAAACACAGAGAGGAACCCCAGGAGGAGUUGUCAGUGGCGCAGAGGGCUGAGAGGGUCAAAGAGGCGAUGGAGGAUUACCGUGCACUUGACCACGAAGACAUGAUUGGUGACAUGCCCACACGCUUCAAGUACACCCGUUCUGUUCCACUAGACUUUGGUUUAACACCAGUCGAAAUGCUCCUCGCAACCGAUGCCGAGCUAAACGCUAUCGCGGGCAUGAAACACCUCGCACCCUACCGUCAGCGAAAAGGCUUUGGAAGAGCUGGUAUAGGGAUGGACAGGCGAAUCAGAGACCUGCAGCAGAAUCUGAAGGAUCGUAAAUGGGGUGAAGAGGCUGCUCCACAAGAGGGUGAUGUCAACAAGGCGUCCAGGGGCUCGGGUGCCGACCUCGUCCCUGUCUCUGGAGACCGCAAGCGCAAGGGCAAGCGAAUGGGGAAGAAUGAGAGGAAGAGGGCGAGGGGUGCGGAUGGUGAGGAAGCAGACGGGCCCGCGAGUGCGAGCAAAGGUCAAGAGAACGUCAGUACAAUGACUGAGAAACAUGGGACGGAGACCGGGGUUGGUGUCGGGGAGGAGCCUGCCAAGAAGAGGAGGCGAAAGAAGAAGAAGCAUCUUGCGGAGGCGACCAACGGCGCUUAGACCCCUCGUAUGUUAAAGCCUUAUACUGUCAAUCAAUGUCAUGACGGUGUGGCAUGGCCAUCAACGGUGUCGCGGGGGGUGACCGCCUGUCUCUCAGAUAGAGUGCAGUGAUAAAAGAUUGCCGCC